GUCCCUCGGUUCCUGGUCCCAUUCAAUCUCAGUACUGCUGCCAUGCUCCCCAAACGGUGGACCACUCGUGACCGGUUAUUAGAAACUCAUUAUUUCUAUGGGAAUCCGGGACGCCGAGUUGCGUUUGCGGAAAAUCAAGAUCUCGUCAUUUAUGGAACCGAACCUAUUCAUCCUUUUGACCGCUCGGAUAGCGAUUACAUGCGUGAUUUAAAUACAUCUCACUCACCUCCGUUUUCCAGUUUGGGUCCAAUGUCACCACUGAUCGAUCUGGAAUCAACUUACUACUACUUGGACGAAAGCAGUGAUGGUUGGGUUGCUGGUGCGCCUCGCCCUUAUCCGUACCCGCAUUUGAUCACAGUGAAUCACAGCCUUCCGAGCGUGUGGUCUGAUUUCCUUGAGCCAGAGGCUGAACCAAUCACAGCGGAACAACGCCAAGCUAUAGCCGUAAUGCAUUGUUUUGCUGCAGCUGUGGCCCACGCACAUCGCUUGGGCUUACCGAGGACGGAUUUGUCGACACCGAUCUGCGUGGAGGCUGUUUGUUCCGACGGGGUUUGGUUUGAUUUCGUGUCUUUUCAACUGAACACCCUUCAUGUACCGGAGGCGAAUCAAUCGAAUUAUCCACCGGAUCUGGUCCGCAAUGUGGCCUGGGUUGAUGGCAGCCGACGUUUGUUCGAUAAGAUUGUACCCCGACGAAGUCAACUACGGAACACAAAAUAUCGGGACUUGGAUAUGCAAGUUUUUAGUCGCCUUGCUGCAAGCUAUUUGUGGGGUCUUGUCGGUCAUCACACCAACGUUCGUCUUCCCCUAGGAGAAGCUUCUGAAGUGGGAUCAUCUAUUUGA